UUAACAUUCACAUUCGAUCAAAAAAUCGUCGAGUCUUAGUCUAGUGGCGCAUCGUUCAUCGUCAAACGCUGAUCGAACUGCCUCCUGAAGACAAAUUGUUUGUGGUGUUUUUAAUUAAUUUGUUAUUAAUUCAGUGAUUAUCAAAAAUGGAGCCCGGACAGUUGAGUAAAGAUCAACGAAAACAACUGAAAAUGGCCUUUGAUACCUUCGACAAAGAGAAGAAGGGAGUUAUUAAAACGUCCGAAGUCCAGACUAUCUUGGACAUGCUGGGAGUUGAAGCAGAUGCAAUGGCCGAAUUGGAUGAUGCGAUUAACGAAGUCGACACUUUCGGAAGUGGAGAGCUCAAGUACGAGGACUUUUGCACAGUAGCAGCUAAAUUUAUGGAGGAAGACGUUGACGUUGAAGCACUUAAAUCGGAAUUGAAGGAGGCAUUCAGGCUGUAUGACAGAGAGGGCAAUGGAUACAUAACAACAGACACAUUUCGCGAGAUUUUAUGUGAAAUUGAUGAAAAUUUGACUGACGAGCAAUUGGACAUGAUCAUCGAGGAGAUUGAUGCUGAUGGUUCUGGGACAUUGGAUUUUGAAGAAUUUGUGGAAGCUAUGACGCAUUAAUGUGUUCUGUUCACUGCCAAAACCAAAUGGAAAAGUGGAGAGUCGAAAAGUGAAAAGAGGAAUGAAAAAAAAAAAUGUACUUUUAAUAAAUGAAUUAACUAUGAAUUUCUCACA